AUGAACAUUCCGUCACCAACAAAAUCGACCCCCAUGAGGGCAAUCUUCUCUGAUAUUACUUGCGCCUCUCUCAUUCGUGAAUCAGCUUUCAUCAAACAUUUCACGGGCCCAAUCGAUCCGGGUUCUCCUUCCGUUGCCCAAGGAAAUGAUCUAUACAUCCCAACUACAUAUGGUUGGUUCAAGUACAACCAAACUUCUAUUUUGCCUUAUCAGAUCGACAAGGAUUAUCCGGCCGACUACUUCUAUUUCACUCCAGAACUCAAGAGAUGUCAAGAUAAUCAAUCAUACGAAGAUCUUGAAAACUCUUUGCUUCCUCUGCCCAUCGUGGUAAUUGGAGUCUGUUUACUCCCCAUCGUUCUGCCAACGGAUCACAACGCUGUCUAUACGCAGCAAUUUCUCAUUGUUGAGGAUCCUUUCCCACUUAGCGGCUCUUUGUCGGAGGAUAUUGACCUUGUUAUUGACAUCGAAGGAUUUGCGACUGGUGCUUUCUGGCCACACCCCUGGGGUUCCCUGCCAGUUGUUGAGAAGGGAAGACAUCGAGUUCAUCUCAACAGCCGAGGAAUGGUCGAAGCAAUUGCCAUCAGCGUUAUGAAGGCAUACAACGAAGAGACUCACAUUGGAACAGUUGGAACUGCAGUUUGGUUUGGCAGAGGCAGUGUUUUCAACCAUGGAACGACUGUCGAGGUCAACUUUCAGGACCAGCAGUAUCAUAUGCUCAACACGAAAGACGAUAUCCUCCAAAUGGUUGCCUUGACCUUUGGGUUGGAGAAAGUUGCAGCAAUGUUCACGGAGAUGGGUGUUGUCCUCACCGGCGUUAAUAUGGCUAUACCCUCGCAAGAAGUCAUUAAGAUUGUCACAAAGCUUGGAGCACGGAAAAUAAUCCCAGCAAAGAACGGGUGGAGCUGGUUGGCAGUUAUCGAGUUUCUGAGAAAAUUGCGAUACACUAUUGAAACGGAAUUCUUGGAUGUAUCGAAAUGGGGACAGUUGGCAGAGGUCAUUGCAUUUGCUACUCUUGGAGAGAAGAAGUUGAAUAAGGACAUGGUUUACAAUGCUGUAGAGGUUUGGCAUCGUUGUCGAUUGGCAGAGAAAAAAGGAAUGAAGUGGGCCAACCAUGGGCAAGAUUCAGGAAAACAGUUGUUGAAGGACCUAGAGGAAAUUCCUAGAUGGGAGGAGAGCAAGAAGUCAGUCCAUGAGGUCCAUGAAGCCGAUUGGAGACUUAGGGGCUGGCCGACAUUUAUUGAGAUUGGGAAGAUGAGAAAGAGGUUGGACGAAGCUGUUCCGAGAAUCUGCGAAAACACUGCUUUCUGA